AUGAGGGUAUGCGUGGUCGGAGCUGGAGUUUCCGGCCUCCCUUCCAUAAAAGCAUGUCUGGAGCAGGGCAUUGAAGUGAUCUGCUAUGAGAAGACAGCUGACCUCGGUGGCCUGUGGAACUAUCGACCUGGACAGAACAAUAUUGGCGGCACUGUGAUGGCGAGCACUGUUGUGAACACGUCCAAAGAAAUGAUGGCCUACUCAGACUUCCCACCACCAGAAGAUUGGCCGAAUUUUAUGCAUCAUUCAAAG